UGUGAUUGGGUUACCUCACUCAGGAUGAUAUUUUCCAGUUCCAUCCAUUUGCCUAUGAAUUUCAUAAAGUCAUUGUUUUUGAUAGCUGAGUAAUAUUCCAUUGUGUAGAUGUAUCAUAUUUUCUGUAUCCAUUCUUCUGAAGGGCAUCUGGGUUCUUUCCAGCUUCUGGCUAUUAUAAAUAAGGCUGCUAUGAACAUAGUGCCUUUGUUAUAUGUUGGGGCAUCUUUUGGGUAUAUGCCCAAGAGAGGUAUAGCUGGGUCCUCAGGUAGCUCAAUGUCCAAUUUUCUGAGGAACCUCCAGACUGAUUUCCAGAAUGGUUGUACCAGUCUGCAAUCCCACCAACAAUGGAGGAGUGUUCCUCUUUCUCCACAUCCUCACCAGCAUUUGCUGUCACCUGAGUUUUUGAUCUUUUGGUGCUAAAAUUUAACUAAGAGGUAAGUCCUAUGUUAGACCUCCCACAAAUCCUUGCUAAUUAAGGCCUCUAUUUGCAAUCAAGAGCAAGUUCUUGGUCUGAUGCAGGCUGCCUGUACUCACUGAUUACUCACUGAUGUAAUCUUUGCCUGUAGCUCCCAUUUACCGUCCCCCUUUUAACUCGAUGUAUAUCUUUGUCUUUUUAUCUUAUCCUUUUAUCAAUGAAAAAACUGCCAACUCUCUCACCCCCUUAUCUUCUCUAUAAAAAGAAUUCAAGAAGCCAGCAGGGGCUGCUCUAUGACUUCAGGGAGAUGGUGGCUGGCCAGCCUAGAGUGCACUCAAAUACAGCUUACUUCGAUUUGGACCCUCCUUGACUCAGUCCAGGGCUAACACUUUCUCUUUGUGUGUGGCUUGGUGCAGAGGUUCCCACGCAUGCAUCCUUACUGAAGGCCGAUAUAAACCCUAUUAAAUAGGAAACAUGAUCAUCUCCCCAUUUUUCAGAUGAGCACACUAAUGUCUAGGACUAUUAGGUGACCUGUCCAAGCAACUUGUCAAGGUGACAGCCUAGAGCUGACUCACUGUAGAAGCUAUACACUUGUUUACUGUACUAGGAGAAUCUUACAACCAUAUAUAACCACAAUGCCUUCUUCAUAGACCUGAAAUAAAACUGAGAAUCAGAAAAUAAGUCCCAGGUAGUCCCACCCCCAUACUUCAAAGCAGGGACUUGCCUUAUAGCAGGUGUCCAGCUUACAGACAGCUCAUUGACUUCAUUCAUAUGAAAUCCCAAUAUGUUAUUCCUAAACCAGCAGGAUGAUAGAAAGAGUGGCUUUCCAUUAUCUGGGAUCCACUUUGUCCUCUGGGACACCAAUCCUCCAGCUCCGGUGUCUCCAGAAUGGAUUUUCCUCCGUAUCCCUGGCUAGGACCUGCUGAAUUGUCCUGAGGUUAUCCUGGAAUUAGGAGGCAGAGAGGUUCGUGCAGGCAGGUUCCAUAUAAAUGACUCCAAGUGUCUCGGCUGAGCAGUGACCUGUCCUCCCUCCCCAAGUGGCAGCCUUGGAGCUCAGGUCUGUGGAACUGCAGAUCCCCAGGAACAACAAGGACCACCACACCCAGGAUUUGGGCUCAUCAAAGCUCAUUCUGCGCCGCGGCCAGAUCUUCAUCUUAACGAUAGUCUUCAGUCGACCUUUCCAGCCCCAAAAGGACCACCUCACCUUUGUGGCUGAGACAGGACCAGAACCCACAGAGCUUCUGGGGACCCGAGCUACUUUCUUCCUCGUCCAGACCCGACCUGAGAACGUCUGGAGUGCUUCUGACUUCGUGAUUGACAGCAACUCUCUCCAAGUCUCCAUUUUCUCACCGGCGAGUGCGGUCAUUGGCCACUACACACUGAAGCUAGAGAUCUCCCGGGACCAGGGUCCUGGUGUGACCUACCCCCUGGGGAAUUUCAUUUUGCUUUUUAACCCAUGGAGUACAGAGGAUGAUGUCUACCUGCCCAGCGAAGCACUGCUGCGGGAGUAUAUCAUGUGUGACUAUGGCUUUGUUUACAAGGGUCAAGCAAAUUCCAUCACCUCCAGGCCUUGGAACUACGGGCAGUUUGAAGAGGACAUCGUUGAUAUCUGCUUUGAGAUCUUGAACAAGAGCCUGUAUUUUCUAAAGAACCCAUCCAAAGACCAUUCUCAGAGAAACGACGUGGUGUAUGUAUGCAGGGUGGUAAGCGCUAUGAUCAACAGCAAUGACGACAGUGGUGUGCUUCAGGGGAACUGGGGAGAGGAUUACUCCCAGGGCACCAGCCCUCUGGAAUGGAAUGGCAGCGUGGCCAUCUUGCGGCAGUGGUCGGCCAGGGGAGGACAGCCUGUGAAAUAUGGACAGUGUUGGGUCUUUGCCUCUGUUAUGUGCACGGUAAUGAGAUGCUUAGGUGUUCCAACCCGAGUGGUUUCCAAUUUCCAUUCUGCACACAACACCGAUGGGAACUUGACCAUCGACACCUACUAUGACCGAACUGCAGAAAUGCUGCCGGCUCAGAGGCCAGACAAAAUCUGGAACUUCCAUGUCUGGAACGAGUGCUGGAUGAUCAGGAAAGACCUUCCACCAGGGUACAACGGCUGGCAGGUUCUGGACCCCACGCCCCAGCAAACCAGCAGUGGAUUGUUCUGCUGUGGCCCUGCCUCUGUGAAAGCCAUCAAGGAAGGGGACGUCCAGCUGCCCUAUGAUACCCCUUUUGUAUACGCGGAGGUGAAUGCUGAUGAGGUCGUUUGGCUUUUUGAGGGUGGCCAGGUCCAGGAAAUCCUGGCCCAUAACAUCAGCUACAUUGGGAAAGCAAUCAGCACCAAGAUGGUUGGGUCAGAUGAGCGCCUAGACAUCACCAGUUCCUACAAGUAUCCAGAAGGAUCCUCUGAGGAGCGGUCUGUGUUCAUUAAGGCUUCCUGGAAAUUGCUGGAACCGAGAAGGAACUCCUCAUCUCUCCUGGAUCUCUUAGGGUCUGAGAACUUUAAGGAUAAACCGGUGCAGCUGCAACUCCACCUGGCUAGGGCACCCAUGUGGGGCCAGGACGUGCUGCUCAUGCUACUUGUCCGGAGGGUGCCAGUCAGAGACCAUGUUCAGGGGCCUGUCGGACUGACGGUGCGCUUUUGUGCACAGGCCCUCCUGCAUGGGGGCGGCACUCGGAAACCGUUCUGGAGACACGUGGUACACUUGAAUGUGGAUUCUGAGAAGGAGCUACAGUGGCCGCUCCUGCUGCCCUACAGCAAUUACAGGGACAAGCUGACAGACGAAAAUCUGAUCCAUGUGUCUGGCAUCGCUGAGGUUGAAGAGACAGGGCAGUUCAUUCUGGUCCUAAAAGAGUUCUCUCUGGAGCCUCCCUACUUGUCUAUUGAGGUGUUUGAAAAGGCUGAGGUGGGCAAGGCCCUGAACAUCCACAUCACCCUCACCAACACCCUAAUGGUGCCUCUGAAUAACUGCACCAUGGUUCUGGAGGGGAGUGGCCUCAUCAAUGGGCAGAUGACAAAAGACCUUGGGACUCUGAUGGCCGGACACACCAUCCGAAUUCAACUGGAGCUCUACCCCAUCAAAGCUGGGCGCCACCAGCUACAAGUCCUCAUCAGCAGCAGUGAGGUCAAGGAGAUCAAAGGCUACAAGGACAUCUUCAUUGCGGCAGCUCCAGCCUCCUGAGGCCUGCCUUCCUAAUGCCCUCCCCAGUCCUUGUCCCAGCCCUGCUUCCCACCCCCAGCAUAGCCUCACAGCUCUCUACUUCUCAAGGUGGUUGGUGUCUUUGUUAACCUCUGUGGUGUGGGUAAUAGAAACUCUGUAGAACCACUGUGCAUCAUGGGAAAAAACAAUAAAGAUGUGUUCACUCUCUCCUCUGCUAAGAA